AUGCGCAAAUGUGAGAGCUGUGAGACCGCAGACGCGCCAUGCUUGCCACCUCCUCGGAAACCAAUCCGACUGAAAGCUGUCCAUUCUGUGGUCGAACAUUCCCGCUCUUCCGGGCAGGGUAGGCGGGAGAUAUCCUUUGUCUACGGCGGUGAUCAUAUCUGGGUAGACUUUCACACGCCGGUCCAAUUCGUACACGGUCACGACAAUGACGAAGAUUCAAGUGACGCUCAGUCUUCGGUGGUUGUUGACGAAGAUGAAGGAGCUUUCGCACAUCCCGCGAAUGCGUCCCUCGAUAGCGCUGAUGCGGCCAGAGAACCCAGUAUUGUUGGAGCUGUUGGACCCUAUACGGCAAAGAGGUCGUUGUCGUUCGGGAGAGGCAGCAUUUCAGGGGUAUCCCAUUUCACAUCCUCUCCUACAUACCUGGUUUCCCCCAUACAGCAGUACCGCACCCCGUCCAGCCAGAUCCAGUUACUCUCGCCCUCUACAAGCGCCGUUCUCUACGAGUCGAAACCUCUUUGGCCCUUGAACAACUUAGCAGAAGCUGAGCUCCUUCGGCAUUUCAUCGACAAUAUCGGACCUCAACUAGAUGUCACUGACCAUGUUUCCCAUUUCACUACCACUGUCCCUCAGAGAGCAGUUCACUGCCCUUUGCUGCUUUAUGCUAUCAUUGCUGCCGCUUCCAUCCAUCGCAGUCGUGUUCAAGGUGUGCCAGAUCAGUUCUAUGAAGAAUACCAGGCGAAAUGCAUACGGAUUUUGAUUCGAUUUCUGGACGAUCCGGAUUAUUCUCCCGACGAGAACUUCUUGGCGGCUAUCGUCAUCCUGCGCAAGGGAGAAGAGAUGUCAGACCAGGAUCGAAUGUGCCAUCUGCUGGGCUCCUCCCGAGUCAUCAAUUCGGUCGGCGAAGUCGCUGCCAACGGCGGCUUGGGAGAGUCAGCAGCGUGGCUGGUGCUGAGACAGAGUAUUUACGUUUCACUGACAAGCAAUACCCCCUUGAAUGUCAAUCUCGGCUGCUACAAGCGGUCGUCGGUCUUUCUCGGCCUCACAGACCACGCCUGGGCCAACAAAAUCGUCUUCAUUUUCGCGGAGACUCUGGCCUACUCUGCCAAAAGCAACGAACACGGGGCCGCCGAUGUCGAGGACUGGCAUACAUUGCAGCAGGCCGCGACGCAGUGGUAUCACGACAAACCCGACACAUUCUUGCCGGUCUUUGAGACUUCAACCGAGACAAGCGCGCGGAACGAGCCUACUACGACCGAAUUGCGGAACCCUUUCCCGACCAUCUCGAUGCUCCAGGCCCCCCAUGUCAUUGGGCUCAUGUACUACCACCUGACCCUCAUCCUGCUUGCUCUGAGCGACCCCGUCAACACGGUCCGGCGCAGAGGGCUAGAGAGUAUGCGCCUAUGGCGAGAAACCGAGCAGAAAGUCAGGGCUGAUCUCAAACGCUGCAUCGGCCUGGCCAUCAGUAAUCCUCACGUCGUAGCGGCCAAUUUCGAGGCGUCGCAUAUCCUCUACGCGUGUGGACAUUGUCUCAACUCGCCAGAGGAGCGAGCAGCGGCCGUUGACUUUCUUCGUGGCGUCAGGGUCAAGUUGGGCUGGGGGAUCGGUCAUAUCAUUGAUCACUUGGAGAGACACUGGGCCGGGAUGCAGUAA